AUGCUCAUAAAAAAACUUUCUUUUUUACGUUUGCCCCAAAGAGAAAUCGUCCUUUUUUUGUUAAAACAUGAGGGAGUUUCGACUGUAAGGAGGCUUGGUGCCAAGUCGAAAGGUGCAAUUCGUUUUUGCACGCCAAGAAGCGCCACCUUCAGUUCGUUAUGUAACGCGACAACGGGCAAUCGCCCUCUCGGGGGGGAAGGCAGUUCUUCCAUUGCGCAGACGACGCAGGGUACGAAUGAGGAGAGCAGUGCCGCCCCGGGGGAAUGCACACCAACCCAUUGUGGUGAAGGAAACGUGCGUAGUGACCAUCAUGACCUGAACGACGAUGUGUACGAAAGCAGUGAGUGUGUUUACAUUAAAGGGGAAAGAAAAUUCGUUGUGCGCAGGCGAAAGGGGGGGGCAUGCACAGGAGGCUCCUCCAACGGUGAUGCGGGGGGGGUGACUGUCUGUGAGGGUGUCCAACCGGGGGAAAACCCUGCGAUGAACCCCCAAUUUAGCAUCGCGCACAGAACUGAAGAUUCCAAUUUAUCCAUUUCGGAAGUGGGCACACAUUGGGGUUUCCCUUCAAAGGGGAAAUCCACAACCAUCACCAAUGCGGAAAGUGAAUCCCCCGGCACGAAGUGCGCACGCCAAAGUGAAGACGAAAUUCUUUGGGACACCCCUAAGAACGAAGCGCUCAUGAGAAUACUCACCGAACCAACUCACCACCUGAUGAUGCGAAACGAAAGACGCUUCUGUGACUUCCUAUGGGUCGUGGCCAAGUCAGGAAAAGGGGGAGAACCAAACUACAAAAGACGAAGGAGUAAAAAGUUAAAGGGAGAAGGAUAUGGUGGACAUGGAGGAAAUGUUAUUCUGAAAAGUAAAAGAAGCAUUUACGAUUUAAUCAAAAUAGAACAAAAGGUUAAAGCAAAUGAUGGAGAAAAUUUUAAAGAAAAUAGCCGAGGAAAAGAUGGUAGUGAUAAAGUUGUAUUCGUCCCUGUUGGAACAAUUGUACGGAAGAGAAUUUACUGUAAGAAGAAGAAUGAAAAUAAUAGGAAAAUAUAUAAGAGUGUUUUUUGGCAUCAAUUUUUAAAAGAAAAUGAAGAACUGUUGGUAGCUCGAGGAGGAAAAGGAGGCAUAUCAUAUUCUUUUUUUAAAAAGCAUGAUUAUAGAUUACCUGAAAAGGGGGAGAAGAUGCUCCUCGAAUUGGAGCUCCGACUACUGAACGAUGUAGCCUUUAUUGGAAUUGAGAACAGUGGGAAAACUUCCCUCUGUAGUAGCCUCAGUAGGUACUAUGGGAACAUUAGUAGCAACAUAUUUAGCACCACAAUACCACACGUCUCCAAUAUUAACUACAUCGAUGGGGUUGAAAUAACCCUCCUGGAUACCCCCUUUCUUUUUCAUAACGCACACAAGGAUUGCAGCCACGGAAAGAGGAUUCUGAGACAUCUAUACAGAAGCAAGCUUAUCGUUUACGUCAUCGACGUUGCGAGUGACAAACUUGAAAAUGUGGACGACACACAGGUGGAGGACUACUACACGGAGAGUCUAAAGGGGAAGGAUGAUAAAACGGGGGAGCAAGAAUUAAUGCCACACAUACACAGGGACAACCCCAAUGAACAGAAACGUAACCAUGUGCACACGUCAGAGGAAGCCCGUGCCAACCUGAAGGACUACCAUAACGAUACAAUAAAGCAAAUAAAAAUGCUACGAAAUGAACUCUUCCUUUUUAAUCCUGAUUACUUAAAAAAGAAGGAACUUGUCGUUGCGACGAAAUGUGACAUGCUACACAAAAACGCCCUACUCAAUCUAGACUCCCUCUAUUUCCGUCUGCAAAAUUUGUUCCCCCAUAUAGAAGUUAUUGGCACCUCUGCCAAGUUCGGCCUAGGGAUAAAGCUCCUGAGCAGGAAGAUAAGGGAGCUUAUCUACCCUCAGCACGUCUUAAUGAGUCACAAAAUGUACGCCAAAAAUAUAGAAGAUUAUGUCAUCCCUACGCACAGUCACGCCAAGGAGGGACAAAAACGGCUGCAAAAUUAUGAACUACCAGAAAAUGUCAAACACAUCUACGACCACAACUACAUGGAAAACUUCGACUACUUUUUGAAGAAGACUCGCAGGGAGAAGCAUGAUGUGGGUGUUACCAACUCUGGAGAUGGUAAAAAUUUGUUAACGGGGGGUGUUGCUGGUAGUGCAAGGGGCACAACCUAG